AUGCAGACUCUAAGGAAAGCACCAAUGAAAGUUUCCAUUAUUGUGGCGUCAUUGCUACCAGAAUUUGGUAUUGGCAGUAAAGGUAGAUUACCUUGGCAUUUGAAAAAGGAUAUGAAAUUUUUCAAGGAAGUUACGACAAGAACUGUAGAUCAGAAUAAGAAGAACAUCGUUAUAAUGGGGAGAAAUACAUAUGAUUCAAUUCCAAAGCGGUUUAGACCUCUUAAAGGACGGCUUAAUGUAAUAUUAUCCAAGAAUGCUGAUGAAUACCGUGAGCAGCUGAAAAGCGAACUCCAAGCACAUCCUGACACCCUAAAGAUAGAGGAUUCUCUAGAGAAGGCUAUAGAGCAAAGCAAGCUUUUACAUGGGAUAGAGGAGGUAUUUAUAAUUGGAGGUGCCCAAGUUUACAAUUCUGCCAUGAGUGCACAAGGGCAUAUUGUUGAUAGAAUAUUUUUAACCAAGAUCAGUAGCCCCGUCAAAGUGAGCAUGGACACGUUUUUAAAGUUUGAUGCGGAACAGUGGGAGAAGAGAAGUUUAGAUGAUCUUGAAGAAUAUCUUAAAAGCAAGGGACUAGGCGGUGAAUUCCAGCUCUCAGGUAACAAAGAGGGUGAAUUUGAAUACAGCUUCUUACUCUUAGAGAAUAAAAAGUAA